CUUACUUAUUUAUUUUGGGCGACGUCGCGGCGCAUUUUCAGUCAAAAGCCCGAGACAAUACGAAAACGGACGCGGAAUGGCGUCUGCCAGGGGCCCGGGAAGCUGAAUAACAGCAUCAUAAGACUCAGCGCUAGUUCGCGGCUGACCAAUCGGAGAGGGAGCUGUGAUCCCUCCAGCCAAUCACAGCGUCUGAGCUGCGACGGAUAGCGUUGUCACACAUGUUCCCGGUGUGUGGACAUCGCGGAGCGUUUCCUGCACUGUUGCAUGGUGGUCGAACAGGAGGAAUUGUUGGAAAUUUUCAGAGCAGCUAAAGCAUGCUCUUGGCCCAGAUAAACCGGGACUCCCAGGGAAUGGCAGAGUUUCACGAUGCAGACGGGCAGCCGGUCACUCUCUGUCUGACAGAGGCUGUGACGGUGGCAGAUGGUGAUCAGAUGGAGAGCAUGGACACAGUAAGCCUACAGGCCGUUACUCUCGCAGAUGGAUCCACUGCGUACAUCCAACACGAUUCCAAAGCUCCCUUCUCAGAUGGACAGAUCAUGGACGGACAGGUGAUCCAGCUGGAGGACGGCUCUGCUGCCUACGUUCAGCAUGUGUCCAUGCCUAAAGCAGGCCAGGACAGUUUACAGCUUGAAGACGGACAAGCAGUCCAGUUAGAAGAUGGGACAACUGCCUACAUUCACACACCCAAAGAUACAUAUGACCAGAGUGGCCUGCAGGAGGUGCAGCUGGAGGACGGCAGCACCGCCUACAUCCAGCAUACAGUGCAUAUGCCCCCAUCCAACACCAUCCUGGCCAUCCAGGCCGACGGAACCAUCGCAGACCUUCAGGCUGAUUCCACGUCCAUCGACCCCGAAACCAUCAGCGUGCUUGAACAGUACACCACCAAGGUGGAGAAUAUAGAGAACCCUUUGGGUUCCUUCGGCAGAGUGGAAGCAGACAGUGGCGUCCAUAUGCGGAUUGUGUUGCAGGGUCAAGACAACAGACAAGGAAGGGGCUCAAAUGUAGGCGAGAAGUCUUUCCGCUGUGAAUACGAGGGCUGUGGAAAGCUUUACACCACGGCACACCAUCUAAAAGUACACGAGCGUUCCCACACCGGAGACAAACCAUACGUCUGUGACUAUCUUGGCUGUGGGAAGAAGUUUGCAACAGGGUAUGGACUGAAGAGUCACUCACGCACACACACGGGGGAGAAGCCAUAUAGAUGUCAAGAGCUGAACUGCUGCAAGUCCUUCAAAACCUCCGGAGACCUUCAAAAGCACACGAGGACCCAUACAGGAGAGAAGCCUUUUAAAUGCCCAAUCGAAGGAUGUGGCAGAUCGUUUACCACCUCCAACAUCCGCAAAGUUCACAUCCGAACACACACUGGGGAGCGGCCGUACUACUGCUCUGAGCCAAGCUGCGGACGGUCAUUCGCCAGUGCCACAAACUACAAGAACCAUAUGAGGAUACACACUGGAGAGAAACCUUAUGUGUGUACAGUGCCUGGCUGUGAAAAGCGCUUCACAGAAUACUCCAGCCUUUACAAACACCAUGUGGUUCAUACACCCUGCAAACCUUACAACUGCAACCACUGUGGGAAAACCUACAAGCAGAUCUCAACACUCGCCAUGCACAAACGCACAGCCCAUAAUGAUACAGAGCCCAUCGAGGAAGAACAGGAAGCCUACUUUGAACCCCCAACAGAUGCCAUUGAUGACCCUAAUGUCAGCUACACGACAGCGGUGGUUGAGGCCGACGACUCCGGCUCGGAGCAGGUUCCUGUGGAGAGCUCGGACAUGGUUGGUCAGCAGCACGUUGCCUUGGUAACGCAGGAGGAUGGAACACAACAGCAGGUCAGUAUCUCUGAAGCAGACUUACAAGCUAUGGGAGGCACGAUCACCAUGGUAACACAAGAAGGCACAACCAUAACCAUCCCAGCUCACGAACUCGCAACGCAAGGCGCACACUCUGUUACCAUGGUAACAACAGACGGCUCAGACGAACAGGUGGCCAUCAUGACGCCCGACAUGGCCUCGUUCCAGACAGUGGAGGACGCGGCCUACAGCCAAGACCAGGAUGACAUUCAUCCUGUCACGUUACUGGCCACCUCCAACGGCACUCACAUCGCUGUUCAGCUCAGUGAUCAGCCUUCGCUGGAGGAAGCCAUCAGAAUAGCCUCAAGAAUACAACAAGGAGAGUCGCCGGGCCUGGAUGAUUGACGGACUCAUUAUGGACUAUGAAUUAGGAUGAAACCAUCUCAUUUGGACUAUGUCAACGAGAGAAAUCACAAGUCUUCCUCCAUGGGUUUUUUUUUCACAAAAGACCUUAGCUUUUAUGUGUACAUAGUAUUUUGAUAACUGGAGUUCUGCUAUGCCAUUUUGUCCCUCAACCAAAAUGAUGGGAGAGGGGAAAAAUGCUUUCUAAUGUUUAUGGUGCACAGUGCACAGUGCAGUGUACAGCUAAUGCUAUUUCUAAUAAAAAAAAACAAAAAGGUUGUGAUUAAA